AUGAGUUGUCUUCGGAUGCGUCGUACACAGUUUGCGAGCCAGCUUUCCAAGAGCUUACGCCCGUCCACCCGAGCCUUUUCAUCGACGCUACCCGCCCAACGCAUCCUCGGUACUGGAAAUCUGAGGGCAAAGGAGGCGUCGGGCUUCAUUUCCCAGAAAUACCCCGUCAUCGACCACGAGUACGAUGCCAUCGUAGUUGGCGCCGGAGGCGCUGGUCUGCGCGCGGCCUUCGGUCUCGCUGAAGCCGGCUUCAACACCGCCUGUAUAUCAAAGCUCUUUCCCACUCGGUCACACACAGUAGCUGCACAAGGUGGCAUCAAUGCUGCGCUCGGAAACAUGCACGAGGAUGAUUGGCGGUGGCAUAUGUACGAUACUGUCAAGGGUUCAGAUUGGCUGGGGGACCAGGACGCUAUUCAUUACAUGACAAGGGAGGCGCCACAGUCCGUUAUAGAGCUCGAGAACUACGGUUGCCCAUUCUCGAGAACCGACGAAGGCAAGAUUUACCAGCGCGCCUUCGGCGGACAAUCUCAAAAAUACGGCAAGGGCGGACAGGCAUACCGAUGCUGUGCUGCUGCGGACCGGACCGGCCAUGCUCUUCUGCACACUCUAUAUGGCCAAUCCCUGCGACACAAUACCAAGUAUUUUAUCGAAUUCUUCGCCACGGAUCUGAUCAUGGAAGACGGCGUCUGCAAAGGUGUCGUUGCGUACAACCAGGAAGAUGGCACUAUUCAUAGGUUCAUCGCGAAGAACACCGUCUUGGCCACUGGCGGUUAUGGACGGGCCUACUUCAGCUGUACAUCCGCCCACACUUGCACUGGUGACGGCAUGGCCAUGGUUGCUCGUGCGGGUCUGCCCAAUCAGGAUCUCGAAUUCGUCCAGUUCCAUCCGACUGGUAUCUAUGGUGCCGGUUGCUUGAUCACAGAGGGUUCUCGUGGUGAGGGUGGUUAUCUCUUAAACUCUGAGGGUGAACGAUUUAUGGAGAGAUAUGCGCCGACCGCCAAGGAUCUUGCCUCCCGCGACGUUGUUUCGCGAUCCAUGACCCUCGAGAUCCGUGAAGGCCGUGGUGUCGGCCCUGAGAAGGACCACAUCUACCUCCAACUCAGCCAUCUUCCCCCUGAGAUCCUCCACGAGCGUCUCCCUGGUAUCUCCGAGACCGCCGCCAUUUUCUCUGGUGUCGACGUCACCAAGCAACCCAUUCCCGUUUUGCCCACCGUCCAUUAUAACAUGGGUGGUAUCCCGACCAAGUACACCGGUGAGGUAAUCACACAAGAUGGGGAGGGCAAUGACAAGGUUGUCCCUGGUCUGUUCGCCUGCGGUGAAGCUGCUUCUGUCUCUGUUCACGGUGCCAACCGUCUUGGUGCUAACUCCCUUUUGGAUCUUAUCGUCUUUGGCCGUGCCGUCUCUCACACCAUCCGCGACAACUUCAGCCCGGGCCAAAAGGCUGACCCUGUCUCCGCUGAUGCUGGUGCUGAAUCCAUCUCUGUCAUUGACAAGGUCCGUACGUCGGACGGCUCCAAAUCGACAGCCGAAGUCCGCCUCGCCAUGCAGAAGGUCAUGCAAACUGACGUUGCCGUCUUCCGAACCCAGGAGUCACUUGAUGAGGGUGUCAAGAAGAUCCACGACGUCGACCAGCAAUUCGCCGAUGUUGGUAUCAAGGACCGCAGCAUGAUCUGGAACUCGGAUCUUGUUGAGACUCUUGAGCUGCGGAACUUGCUUACCUGCGCUGUCCAAACCGCCGAAUCUGCUGCCAAUCGCCAGGAGUCAAGAGGCGCACACGCUCGCGAGGAUUUUCCUGAUCGCGAUGACGUGAAGUGGAUGAAACACACUUUAUCGUGGCAGAAGCAGCCACAUGGCCCAACCCAGUUAGGUUACAGGAAGGUCGUUGGUACUACACUAGAUGAGAAUGAGUGCAAAGCUGUGCCGCCAUUCAAGCGUACGUAUUAG